UUGAAAUAUAUAUUUUUUACGUGUUUUCUAGUUUUUUUGUAUACAAUUUGCAAACAGAUUUAAUCGAUGAUUAUUCAUGAAAUACGUUAUAUAAUUAAAAGUACAAUUAAAAAUGACAACAAUUGACGAAAGACAAGUAGAUAAAAGAAAUGUUUGCAUUCCUUUUGGUAAAGGAAAUACUCGUGUUCCGCAACAGUUAAUAGAAGCAGAGGAAUUACUGAACUCCGUCAAUAGAAGAUUGGAAGACUGUGCUUUAGAAUGGCAAGCAGAAAUUUCUCGUAAACAAUGGAAAAUUUUCAAUUCUAAUACAAUUGGAGAGAAUCCAUUUAAUAAAUCUUUAUUGUCCAGAACAUAUUUUAGUGAAGAAAGUCUCGACGAAGCUUUUCAACAUUUACUUUCUUGCAAUAAAGCUUUUUCAGAAUAUUUAAAAAAUUUCAUUGCUCUUCUACAAGGUAAAAAAUCCAUUCUAAACAUUAAAGAUACUUGCGAUGCGCAAAACCAGUGUCCCAGCAUACCAGAAAAUUGUAAUGCAUUAAAUAAUUUCAACAUUGAACCAAUGCAGUUUUCUUUGCUGCAAAAUUCACAUUUGAAUGAAACGAAAAAAACACAAGACCUCGUUGAUAAUGUGUUAAUAGCUCAAAAUUUAUUUGCCGAUGUAAUUAAAGCUAAAGUUCAUUUUGAUACAAAAUUCUUAGGAUUUGAAGCUAUAUUCCAUAAAACUACUACCAUGCCAACUGAUACAAAUUGUCCUUGUAAUAAUCGUUCUAAAAUUAUGGUAAAUAUAUUCUAUAUUACGUUACAUUUUGUUAAUACUAUAAUUGAAUAGAUAAUCAAAUUAAUUGUAUACUUUAGACAACUACAAAUGGUGGACAUACAAAAUUGCGGAACAUAACUGUGAAUCAGAGAAAUGGAACAAUCACAAAAGCAAAACGUUUAACAAGAUCUAUGAGAUCAUUAUCCAAAAAGAAAGAAAUGGAAGAGACAUCUGUACCAAUUGGUGACACUGGCAAUCAACCAUCAUUUGGAACAAAUACAAGCUUUUGCUAAUAGAUUUUUGAUGAACAACAUUUACUUUCAGUUAAUUAUUAAAUUUUUAUUACUCUUUAGACACAGAGAAUCUAAGCUGAAUUGUGACAUAUACAUACAUACGGAGAAACUGUUUGUCGAAUUUUUAAAUGGAGUUUAUUUUAUACAUUACAUUAUUAUUACUAUCAUUAUUUAAUGAACAAAUCUAUUGUUAUUUUUCUUUAGCAUAGUUUUAUUAAAUUCUAACUAAAAUGCUAUAAUUUAUACAUAGAUUCACAAUAACUUUAUACAUUUUGUAGUUUUUUAGUUUUACUUUUUAUGCUAUACUGAAAAUAAGUAUUUUAUUGGUCAUAUAAUUGUUUUUACAAGUAUGUUGUAUUUAAUAAGUAAUUAAUAACACAGCAGGUGUCUAUGUAAUUUGUAUACACUUAUUUUUAUUU